AGCUCCACAAAAACGCUUCAAACGCGAAACGGAAUAUACAAGAAAAUCAAUUCAGCUGUUUUCACAAAUAAUCAACAAAGCUCUGUCUAUCUCUUCUGUUCUCCUGUCACGUAGAUGUCCGUUGUGCCUCUAAUGUUCCGCGACUGGUGGGAUGAGCUUGAAUUUCCAAUGCGCACCUCGCGCCUCUUGGAUCAACACUUUGGCCAGGGUCUGAAGCGGGACGAUCUGCUGUCGUCCGUUUGGAACUCACGGCCCACAGUGCUGCGCUCCGGUUACCUGCGUCCCUGGCAGCGUUCGGUCAACAGUCUGCAGAAACAGGAGUCCGGCUCCACGCUGAACAUCGAUAGCGAAAAGUUUGAGGUCAUUUUGGACGUGCAACAGUUCUCGCCCAAUGAGAUCACUGUGAAAGUCGCCGACAAGUUCGUCAUAGUCGAGGGCAAGCACGAGGAGAAGCAGGACGAGCACGGCUUUGUCUCGCGCCAGUUCUCCAGACGCUAUCAACUGCCAAGUGAUGUCAAUCCCGACACAGUCACCUCUUCGCUGUCCUCGGAUGGUCUGCUGACCAUUACGGCGCCCAUGAAGAAACUGCCGCCGCCUGCCACGGAGCGCCUGAUCCAGAUAACACAAACCGGGCCCUCGUCCAAGGAGGACAAUGCCAAGAAGGUCGAGACCACAACCACCUAAACGCCAUGGACUGUUAAGGUUCUCGCUCGCUUCUCUCCAAAGGAGCGUUAUGAGCAACUACAUUAUUUUUUAUACGAAUAUAUGAGAAUUAGAAUUAGCGUAAACCUUGUAUUAAAUAUAAAUUCAAAAGUGAAAUGAAUGUCGAGAAUUAAAGAUGUUUUAGGGCAAAAGUACUUUCGAUACGAAUCACAAAAUAAACCAAGGCAGAUUCUUCGAAAAGAACUCUUGAUCAUAUCAGAUCAGAGAUAUAGUACAUACAUAUAAAAAACUGAUCCGUAUAACUUGCCAAAUGCAUACGGAAGUGUAUGCGAAAUUUAUUCGAAUAAUUUCCACAUAGAAAAUUAUGAAACAAUACUAUAAACUA